AUGAACACAUAAGCAAAACUGUUGGAUUUAAUUCCACAGGUCUAGCUCCCAUAAAAUCAAAAUCUCUCUCUCUCUCUCUCUCUCUCUCUCUCCCUUUCUUCUUCUUCUUGUUAACUAAUUAGGGCCGAGGGCCUGAGCUUCUCAACAGCCAUUACUACAACCAACCCAAACGGCAAAAUCUCAGAAAACAUAAAGCAGAGAAGAGGACUCGAUUUCAGAAAUGGAGGGAGGAGGGCGAUCGGCGGACACGAUGAUGUCAGAGGCGGCGCCACCGUCGCAACCGGAUCCUAACCACCCACAGCAACAUCGUCCACCGCCACAUCAGGCGAUGGGGGGAGUGGAGAGCAUUCCGGCCACGCUCAGCCACGGCGGCCGAUUCAUUCAGUACAAUAUCUUCGGCAACGUCUUUGAGGUCACCGCCAAGUACAAGCCCCCCAUCAUGCCCAUCGGUAAAGGCGCAUACGGCAUCGUUUGCUCGGCUCUGAAUUCGGAGACGAACGAGCACGUUGCGGUGAAGAAGAUUGCGAAUGCAUUCGACAACAGGAUCGAUGCGAAGAGGACGCUGAGAGAGAUCAAGCUGCUGCGGCAUAUGGAUCAUGAGAAUGUUGUUGCAAUUCGGGAUAUAAUCCCUCCGCCGCAGAGGAACUUCUUCAAUGAUGUUUACAUUGCGUAUGAGCUCAUGGACACUGACCUCCAUCAAAUCAUUCGAUCCAAUCAAGCUCUAUCCGAGGAGCACUGUCAGUAUUUCUUAUAUCAGAUCCUCCGAGGAUUGAAAUACAUUCACUCUGCAAAUGUUCUGCACAGGGACUUAAAACCUAGCAAUCUUCUCCUAAAUGCCAAUUGUGACUUAAAAAUAUGUGAUUUUGGACUAGCUCGAGUCACCUCGGAGACUGAUUUUAUGACCGAGUAUGUUGUUACCAGAUGGUACCGUGCCCCAGAGCUACUGUUAAACUCUUCAGAUUACACUGCAGCUAUUGAUGUAUGGUCAGUAGGUUGUGUAUUUAUGGAAUUGAUGGAUAGGAAGCCGUUAUUUCCUGGCAGAGAUCAUGUGCAUCAGCUUCGUCUGCUUAUGGAGCUGAUUGGCACCCCAUCAGAGGCUGAGCUGCAAUUUCUAAAUGAAAAUGCGAAGAGAUACAUUCGGCAGCUUCCUCUCUACCGUCGACAGUCAUUUACUGAGAAGUUUCCUCACGUCCAUCCUUCAGCAAUUGAUCUUGUUGAAAAGAUGUUGACAUUUGAUCCUACUCGGAGAAUUACUGUUGAAGAUGCCCUAGCUCACCCCUAUUUAACAUCUCUCCAUGACAUCAGCGAUGAGCCUGUUUGCAUGACUCCCUUCAGCUUCGACUUUGAGCAGCAUGCACUCACUGAGGAACAGAUGAAAGAGCUGAUCUACCGAGAGGCACUUGCAUUUAACCCCGAGUAUCAGCGACUGUGAGGAAUUUGCUAUUUUAUUCACGUGGAUUUUCAUAUAUGUGAUCUCGAGGUUCCAUCUGUUCAGUGAUCGGGAUUGAUUUUUCAUGUAAAUAUGUUCCAUCCGAGAGUGGAAGGUUCUAGAUUCGAAUUAUUGAUUAUCUGUAUCGGCUAGUUUUGAUUUCUGUUUGUCUAAUUAUUGAAUUGAGCAUAAUGCUGAUGAAUUAAUAUUUUCUUGAACACAUUUCCAAAAGCUUGAGAAUCAAUAAAGAUCUCCGAUCUGUGUUGUUGUUGUUUCA